CGAUGAAAUGGUCAUGGCGCAAAUGGAAUCCCCUCGCAAGAGGCAGAUCUCCCAACUUGGAAUGGGAGCCGAAUUCUGAAGUGAAUCCGACAGGAGAAGCACCACCAUCCUUGGAUGAGUUGAAUGAGUUGAAUGAGUUGAAUCUACACACGAUUCAACGCCAGUCAUCUCCCAGACAUGAAGUCGAACCCAUGGACUUCGGAGCGGUUUCACCCGAGUUUUUUGGAGCUUCAGCCACUGUCAAGAUGGAAAUGGGCCACCAUGAUGUCGAGAGUGAACUCAAUGAAGGAACUUCGACAUGGCAAUGCGGACUUUCAAGCGCAUGUGAUACUUUUGCAGUGAAUUGCUGCAGGGACGCCGAAGAGACAGUCGGCAGAGGCACACAUCCUUCAAAAGGACUAGCCAGCCGACCAGAUCUGGUGAGCACUGGAGUACAAACGGAACCCAUUUCAAAGAAGUGCCCUCAAGCCAAAGGCCCGGAGGAGGACACGGACGUGGACGUGGACUUCUGCACCCUGCUGAAUCUGGCGGAGCAGCGCCGCGGCCGUGUCAACGACACGCACGACACGCCGCAGGCGGUCCCGGCGGCGACGCUGCCGGCGACGCUGCCGGCGACGUGCCCAACGCGCCCGGCACGAGCUCGGAAGGUCUCGGUGAUGCCGAGCCCCGACGACCACUUCCUGUCGCUCGAACGGGAACGACGUGCCGGAAGAACCGGAAGAAGCGGAAAACAUGAAGCGUUGCAGAUGCGAACGAUGUCUCCAACAUCUCCAACAAGUGAAGUCGAAUAUGUGUACUUGGACCCAUCACGUUACUUCGGAUCCAAAGCAAGGGGAGGAGACACGCCUUCUCAGAUGUUAGUGUGGAGCUUGACAAGGACAUAACUCAGAUGGCCGAAGCUGUCAUUGCGUCCAAAAGCUGGCGACGGUGAAUGAACAUUUCCUUUCGCAAUCUGAGAGUUGCAUUCUCA